ACUGGUUCAUUCACCAUUUUGUGACUGUAGUGGAAAAGAAGAGCAAUAGUUUUGUGUAUCCCUGUUUGAGUUUCCGCGGAGGAGAGGUCAUGUUUUCCCGAGCAAAAGUAGAGCGCGAGUCCGAGGCGCACCACGGCCGCUGCCGACAGCAGAGGGAUGUAACCGGGAACAGUUCGAGCCGCCUCUCCAGAAAAUAGGACCGUAAAUCUUUCCGUAGCGACGAGGAGAAGCUCUGCUCGGCGGCACCGUCGACACAUGGGAUUUAUUCGACUCUUUUCGGAUCCACGAGAGCAAGAAAUCAAGAAGAGGGACGACAGACGAGGAAGAGAACUGAAAAAGUGCCUUAGAAGGAGAGUUUAAGGAGAGAUUCACCACACAAUCUGCAGCACUUUGUGAACGGCGCUAAAAGACAUGAGGCCAUUAAAGCGACACAGAGGACGUUCGCCUUUGUUAAAUAGGGGCAGAGGGGGGAGGAAGAGGGGGGGCUCGCAGCCCCCACAAGAAAAAGAUGCCAAAAGAAUCAAGAGUGAAACUCUCAUCAAACCCACACCCAGUUCUCUCUCCACACGCAAGCUUGUGCCACCUGCGACGGCCAACUCCACAGAGGAACCCGUGUCGAACAGCAAUACCCCCAAGACAGAAGAGACUGCUGGGAUCAAGAAACCUGUUGAGCCAGCGGAGAAAGACGGCAACAACGACGGGGAGAAAACAGAGAGAGCAGUCACUGGAAAUAAACAAACGGAUUCCAUAUCAUCUCCUACCUCCACUGCUGCAACAUUCCCGGCAUCCUCGACACCCCCGGCCGCCAACCACAGCCCGAGUCUAGUCUCAGUGUCCAGUAGGAAAACAGCCACCUUUAAGGCCCGUGUUCCCAAAAAGAAAUACACAUAUGAGCACUUUGCAAAUAAUGCAAGUUUUUUGACAACCAUUCCUACCUCCAACCCCACACCCCCCAACAAUACUUUGUGCAAUAUGAACAGUAAAGUGAGUGACAGUGCGACUGUCAACAACAGCAUUAGUAUUAGACAUAUAAUGAGUAAAGACAGUAAUGCUAGAAAUAACAAUAUAAAUAAAAGUAGUAUUCACAGCAUGGUUAACAGUACUAACAAUUGCUCAGGUAACAUUUUAUCAGUCCAAGCUCUACAUUGUAAGACCACAGGGGCAAAUCACUCCAUGGAGGAAAGGGCUUUACUCUUCGCCAGUCCCCAAGAAAAAGAGACCCAUGCUGGAGAAAAUGACUCAGAGGGACCCCCUCACUCAGCGCGGUCUUCAUCCACCGAUACAGCAAGUGAGCACUCCGCUGAUCUGGAUGCAAUGGAAACGGCAGGACCAAACUUUAUUCAGAACAGCCCUCGCAACACUGUUCCUCUUAAAAACGCACAACCAACUAUUUCGGAGAGCCUCUCCGAAGUUCUGGCGAAAGGCAUGAAAAACCAGAGAGUGUUGGCUCGUGAGGUUAAACGAAAAAUAAAGACUGGUGACUCAGAAGAACGUUUUAAAGACAGGAAACACUCGUCGCCUAUAUUCAGACCUGGUGUUGUGCGUAGAAUAAGUGGAGGCACAAUUGAAGUACAGCUCCAAGGAGAUGGCACACUGAUAAAAUAUCCAUUUGAUGGUGGAACUAUGAUGUCAUCACCUGGUACUGAGGGCAUUGUCGAUUUAAUUUUAGAUGCCCCCCCACCUGGCUCGUCACCUGUAGCUGUCAGUACCCGAGUGUGCGUCCCCUUUGCGGGACAGGAAGGUGGUCCUUCACUUUAUAGAGAAGGCACCGUCUCUCAGGUGGACCCCCACCCUGGUGUCUCGUUCCCGUACCAAGUUCUCCUCAAUGAAACCAAAGAGACUUUGGAAGAGAUGGGAGACAAAAACAAAAAUCAAACGGUGUGGGUUUCGCGACAGAGCCUGAGGCUGAUCACCCCUCCCUGGGAUGUCCCAACAUUAGAUGUUGGCAGGGCAAAAGAGAGAGAACGAGAGAGGGAGCGAGAGGAACGGGAGUGGAGGGAGGAAAUGGAAGUGGAGCGAGAAGUGUGCCAGUUAAGUAUAGGUAUGGGAGUGCUGGGAGGGGGGUCACGGUUGAGCCAUGGGUUUUCACAUCAAGGGGCACCAGCACCUCCAUAUGAGAACAUGCGCCCGCCCCCGCAUUCCUCCGUAGUGACUGCCAGUGUAUUAAGUGGAUCUGUUGAUGGCUGCAGAGAUAAAUACUCUGAAAGAGAGAAACACAAGCAGCCAAACACCUCAGAGGAAGAUAUUGAGAUAUCUCAUUAUAACAUGGGCCAAUUGCCAGAACCCAAGUCCACGUCUGGGACUUUACAGCACAGGAAUAUAAUUGCCAAAUCCAGAAUAUAUCCUCCAUCCUCCCCACAUCUCUCUGUGGGGCGGGGUGUCGGACCCCCACACUUUUCUCCCCUUGCUAGUCCGCAGCCCCCCCCUUCACCUGCAUCUCUCAGUUCGGAAGCAAAUAACCCUCAACACCUACCUCCAACAAAGACCACUCUCGGGCAGAUCCCUACUUCUGCUGGGAAUUCAUCCUCAAGUGCAGCCCGUUCCAGAACUCCUCUCUCAUUGGCUCAGCAAAAGUACAAGAAAGGUGACGUGGUCUGCACGCCGAAUGGCAUUCGGAAGAAGUUUAAUGGUAAGCAGUGGAGGAGACUGUGCUCGAGGGAGGGAUGCAUGAAAGAGUCUCAGCGGCGAGGAUACUGUUCCAGACACUUGUCCAUGAGGACCAAAGAGAUGGAGGCAGCAGGUGUGGAGAGAGGGGGAGGAGGUAACAGCUCAGGGACCGUUACUCCCUCUGACCUCCGAGGCAGAGCGAGCAGCGAGUUUGAAUGGGAUGACACAUCCAGAGGCAGCAGUGAAACAAGUAGCAGAGGCGACUCCAGACCCCGUUUAGUCCUACCGUCUAUUCUUCCACAUGACCUGUCGGCACGCUUUGACUAUGAUGAGUGUGAGGCAGCCACCAUGCUGGUGUCUUUAGGCAGCUCUCGCUCUGGCACCCCAUCUUUCUCUCCAAUCUCCAACCAAUCCCCUUUCUCCCCUGCCCCUUCGCCCUCGCCAUCCCCACUGUUUGGUUUCAGGCCAGCAAACUUUUCUCCAAUCACCGCAUCUCCUGGUAUUCCGCAACGAAGGCAUCGGCAGCCCAGUGGUACAGGAGGGGGAGGGUCCAGUAAGGUUUCAGGGGGAGAGCGGGAGAGACACACCUCGGGCAUCCAGCCUUCAUUUACUGUCCCCAUGAGCCCCAGUAAGAGAAAGCCAGAUGCGCCUCCCCCUCUGCCACUGCCGUCACACCACCAUGACUACACUCACAAAACCGAGUUAGAUCAAGGAGACCCAAACUCUUUUAGGGUUCUGUCUCCACAGGCUCCUGCCUCGCAUUCCCGCACUCACACGCCCACCUUCUCAAAACCAAGAGGUGGGACAACUCCUUCAUCGAGUAGACCCCCAUCUUCCACUGCUGCAUCUCCACCACCUCUGCUUGUUUCUCCAACACCUCCCUCUCCUCUAACUCCUGACGGAGGUCCCCGUCGAGUGGUCCCUGUUUCCCAGCAGGCCUUAAGAGACUCCCCCGUCAUAGUGAGAAAUCCUGAAGUACCACUAGCAAAAUUUUCUGAGAGUCCACUGGGAAAAGGAGGGGGGGACGGAGGUGGAAGCCAUGGAGUGAUGGAAAAUUCUUUGUCCAAAGAGAGUGGAUUAAACCCCUUCACCCCUCAGCCCAUAUCUGGCCUCCAAGUUCCUGUCCCCAUCAACGCAGCUGCAGCCACAAUACCUAGUGGCACUGUCCUUUUGAGGAGUCCAGCCCAAACCCUCGUCUUUGUGUCCCCGACAUCUUCGUCCCUACCCGCCUCGGACACCCUUGUUGCUCCCCAGCAGGCUCUAUCCGUAAGUGUCAGCACAAAUGAGACAGGCCCUGCUCCAUGCGGCACUGACAGCUUAGGAGAAGAGAGCAGGGGGACUGGGUUCGAGGGUGAGGUCCAGCAGCCGGUACCCUGUCAUCCCUCUCCCACUGCGCUGCUGCCGCUGAUCCUUCCGGUGGAAAACCUCCACCCUGCCCCACGGAAGGACAUCAUCAUGGGGCGCCCGGGCACAGUCUGGACCAAUGUUGAGCCCCGGUCGGUUCCAGUUUUCCCAUGGCAUUCGUUGGUCCCUUUUCUGGCACCCACCCAAUCUGAUGCCUCCUCUCAACCGGGUGAGGGUCAGCACCCUGUCAACAACCCACAAGCAGCUAGCGUGAAGCCAGAAUGUCAGGGGACAGAAGUGCAGCAUCACGAAGCAGCCGAGGCACCUCCCACUGUUGAACGAGGGGGGACCUCUCUGUCGAUGCCUCCCCCCUCCGCAGAUGAGCCAGAUAAGGAAAAAGGAGAUGCAGAGAGGGAGAGGCCAGACAGUGAGAACGAAAGCGAUGUGGACGAUCCUUUUCUCCCUGGAGUUGUUCCUGAGCCGCCUCUCUCCACUUCGCCUGUCAAGCGACGCACUCAGUCCCUCAGCGCACUUCCUAAAGAUGGGGAUAAGAAUAGUCCAGGAAAGAGGGAGAAAGACCACAUCCGGCGGCCGAUGAACGCAUUCAUGAUUUUCAGUAAACGCCACCGAGCUUUGGUGCACCAGCGGCACCCAAACCAGGACAACAGGACCGUCAGUAAGAUUCUUGGGGAGUGGUGGUACGCACUGGGACCCAAGGAGAAGCAGAAGUACCACGAUUUGGCCUUCCAGGUUAAAGAGGCGCAUUUUAAGGCACACCCAGAUUGGAAGUGGUGCAACAAAGACAGGAAGAAGUCCAGUUCGGAAGGCCGCGGAGUUCCUGGAGGGAAAGAUAUCCGAGAGAGGAGCAUGUCUGAGUCCACAGAGCAUCAUACUUUGGAGCUGAAAGGCGUCGGGCCUGGUCUGGUGGGAGUGUCUGAAAGAAGUGCAGGUGAAGGUCAUGUCAGCCAGCUCACUCGUCCCCGUGCCUUCUCUCAAAGCGCCAUGCACAGCCUGGAGCGCAGCGACAGAGGCAACACCCAGGCCCUGGCAGAACUGGCACAGAUGUGUGGUGAUGGAGGUGGCCAGUAUUUAGGGCACGCCCCACCUUUGUCACAGUCUAAGAGGGGUGUCAGUGAAGACAUGACCAGUGAUGAAGAGCGGAUGGUCAUCUGCGAGGAGGAGGGUGAUGAUGAUGUCAUUGAGGACCCUUAUCCGAGCAGCUCCAUAGACCUCAAGUGUAAGGAACGGGUUACUGACAGCGACAGUGAGAACGGUUCUGGAGACGAAAGGGAAAGAAAGAGAGGUUUUGCGGCAGUCAUCUGCUCCACAGCAUCCUCAUCACAUCCCACUCCGCAUGGCAGGAGUGUCUCACUCUCUUCUUAUCCUGUUAGUCGACAUUAUGAAGAGGGGCGGUUAGGAGGCAGCGUGUUCUCCGAUCACAGGAGGAAGGGAGGGGCUGAGGGAAGUGCUAAUGACUCUUUUGGGGGUGAAAGUGGAGGCCAAGCCCCAUCUCACUCCCUUCCAUCCGGCCAGUCGGUCAUCUCGACUUCUUCGGCCGGAGUGCCCCUCUCUUCAUCAGCGGGAGUGAAUCCUCCCCUGGGUCUGGGAGCGGUGAGAGUGGCCUCCACCAUGGUGACCAAUGUCAUGCGUCCAGUCAUCAGCACGCCGCUGCCUGUCACCAGCAAAGCCAGAGAUGGAGGAGCGUCGUCAAGCCCACAUCCGCCCGAGAGAAAGUCACUGACACCCCAACAGCAUUUUCUCAUCGGGCCCGGGUCAGGAAGCGGCGUCGCAGGCGGUGGGUACUUCUCUUCAUCAUCCUCCAACCCUGUAGCUGCGGGGGUCGGCCCAGGUGGAGUGGUGACGAAUUUAGUGUUAGGAGGGGCUCUCUCUGCACAACCUGCUGUCCAGCUCAUCAGCCCGUCUGCUCAGCCCCAGCUCUCCCACACCAUCUCCCCCAGUGCUGUGUCAGCGCAGCACAGCCAAGCCAACGGACCCCUCCCUUUGCCCCUGCUUCAGCCCCAGUUUCUCCCCUCUUCAUCUCUUGCGCCCCCCGGGGGUAAGGCCAUCACCCAAGUUCAGUACAUCCUUCCCACCAUUGCUGCCAACUCCAACCCCAAGAGUCCACCUCAGCCGGCCAGCCAGCCGACCAGUGUUUUCACCCUGCCCACAGCCUCGGCACACGUGUCUCUGGCCAACGGGAAGCAGCAAGCCUCCGCCUCUCUGGCUGGAUAUACUUCCAGCCCAGCCGUGGGAGUGGUCAGCGCAGCGACCAGGGUGCAAACCCAGUCUCCGGUGCUGCAGGGGAAAAUGAUUGUUCCCAUGGCAACAGUGCGGACUCCACCAGCUCCUGCCCAGCAGUUUCCUAUCGUGACUCCGCCUCUUCCUGUCCAGAACGGAUCUCAGACAGGAAGCAAGAUCAUCCAGAUUGCUCCCAUGCCCGUCGUGCAAUCUCAGCUUCCUCAGGGAGGAACUGUCCACUCUGCCAGCCCAUUCCCAGUUUCCAUGGCGACUGCUGCAGUUGUGGCACCAGGAUCAGUGCCCUCCCAGACUGUUCUUCUCCCACCGGCGCCGCGGAUCACUUAUGUCCAGUCCACUCCAGGGGUCCCUCCCUCUCUUCCACUGAUCUCCACGACUACAGGCACCUCCCCUUCCCAGCAAGCUCUUCCAGUGCCAGGAUCUGCUUAUGUCCCUGCCCCCUUAGCGACCCUCGGGUUCACGACUAUCACUUCACCUGGGCAGACCCUGGUUCAGCCGCUGAUUGCAGGUCAGCCACCUCUCCUGUCUGCAGCGCCGUCUCCUCAGCCCCCGAAUUCAGCUGCAGUCUCCGGUGCUGGGGGACAGAUAGUCACAGCCAUCUACCCUCCGUCUCCCAGUGUCACCAUGGCAACAUGUGUCGUGUCCGUGGCAGCUGUGCCUCCCAGUGUGGUCUACUCCGUCUCCAGCCCCUCCAGUGCCUCCCAUCACAUCCUGCCUAAGCACACAACGACCCCAGUCACGGUCCCACAUGCGCACACAGACAGAUCUCUUCCGACAGACAGGUCAGCUGAGCGAUCCCUGGACCUGUCAGACAGACAGCUGGAGAGGCAGAAUCUAACGUCGAGUAGUGGUGGCGUAGUGGCGCCGCCCAGUGGACAAGUUCUGUCAGUGCGAUCCAGCAGCCCGCAACCUCAGAUUCAAAUUCCUGUCAGCACACCUGGGACGCCCAAGCUAACACAACUUCCAGUCCGGACUCCACAGAAAGUGAAGGCCACCGUGGCUAACAUCCCUGUGGGCAACUAUGAAGCCGGAGGCCGAGGAAAAGAGAAGGAGAGAGAGCGCGAGAAAGAGAGGGAGCGGGAACCGGCAUCAAACAGCCACUUCUCUUUCGACCCAGAACCAGCUGGACGUACGCAAUCGCCCUCGACCCAUUUCGCUGAGGAGCCUUUGUCCUUUGACCGGCCCCAGGAGGGCCCAGGUGCUGCGGAGGCCACGGACACACAAAACCGAGGAAGCACAAACGCCAAAGAGGCUGGAUGGAAGGAGUCCCUCCCAUCGUCACCUCUGCCCCCUCCAUUAGCCACAGAACCAACAUUGCCUCCCCCACAAAUCGACAAAGACGCCCCGAUACCCAAAAAGGUCAAAGCCCGCCCACCACCGCUGAAGAAGACUUUUGACUCAGUGGACAAGUCCGGCAGGGUGCUGUCCGAGGUGUAUUUCGAGGAACGCUUCGCCGAGCUGCCGGAGUUUCGGCCGGAGGAGGUGCUGCCUUCGCCCACCCUGCAGAGCCUGGCCACCUCACCUCGAGCCAUCCUGGGCAGCUACCGCCGCAAGAGGAAGAACUCAACAGACCUGGACUCGGCCACGGACGAUCAAGUUUCUCCCAAGAGGAAGAGCCGACGCCGAUCAAGCUGCAGCUCCGAGCCAAACACACCCAAAAGUGCCGCCAAGUGUGAGGGAGAGAUUUUCACCUUCGACAGAGCCGGAGCGGACGGAGAAGACAUCCUGGCAGAACUGGAGUUUGAGAAAGUCCCAUAUUCCUCCCUGCGACGGACUCUGGACCAGAGGAGGGCGCUGGUCAUGCAGCUGUUCCAGGAGCAGGGCUUCUUCCCAUCAGCUCAAGCCACUGCAGCAUUCCAGACCCGAUACUCGGACAUCUUCCCCACCAAAGUCUGCCUGCAGCUGAAGAUCAGGGAGGUCCGGCAGAAGAUCAUGCAGACGGCGACCCCCUCGGACACGCCGGGCCUCGGCCUCCCAGACUCGGUCGGCUCCCUGCCUGGACCCUCGAGCGCCCAGUCGGGAGAGGGCAGCGGAAAAGGUGGCGCAGACCUGCUGGACGAGGAGGUGGAUCAGGGCGCAGAGGAAGGUUCCGAGGACCCGCGGGAUACACCAGAGUCCUCCAGAUGAGGAUCGUGGACCAAUCCGAGUUGCGAUGUUACCAAACCAGUGAUGGGAUGUUAAGGAUUUGCGUUCCCACAGCAAUGCAGCGGCACAAAAACUUGCACAUGUCAGCGUCUACACACAUUCACCCUGCCAUCUUUGAGUCCCUGGACUGGAGUGACCCUCAGUCACCUGGCGGAAAGUCCCAUCGGUGCCAGCGAAACAAGAUCCUUUUAAUCGUCUGCACUCUCUUGUUUGAAUUUGGGACUCAGAGCUUGUCUGAAGAAAGACUAGGAAAAAAAAAAAAAAAAAAAAAAAAAAAAAAAAAAAGUACCUUUCAUGGUUUUUAACUGGGUCACUAGGGAGGGGGGCUGUGCUGCCAGUCUCAGGGGGCUGGGCCCUCGACAGCUGGGAGCACUUGGACAGGAACUCAUCAGGCGCCUGGUACUUUUAUCCUUUUUUUUUUUGUUGUCGUUGUUGUUGCUUAGAAUUCAACCCUCGGGCCAGGUCGACACCGAGGCGUUGACUGACACUGAAGUGGACUUCUGGCUGUGCCAUCAUUCCUGAUGCUCCCUGUGCCCCCUCCCUAAGUCAAGCACACGCCAGUGAGUAGUUACCAAGCAUUCCCGUGCCUCAUUCAUCAGCCUCGGAAGAGAAGGCGGAGCCGAGCCGCCACAUCUGGCUCUGGAGCUCUGGCUGAUUCGGCCUUAAUCCUCUCCAACUCUUUUACUGACUCAAUAUUGUACUCUAUUGUUGUGACUCUGGUGAAGACUCGUACCAGGCCCGGUCCAAAGUGCUGAUUCCCGUCCGACUCAUCAGUUCAGUAGCGGACUCACAUGUACAGACCUCUCAUGCUAGUCUUCCCUCUCCAGGACUUCAUUUCAGCAAAGAACACACACAUGGACCUUCAUGUCCUUUGAAGAGUAAUAACUGAAAAGAAAAACAUGCUGAAUUGUUCUUCUCUUUCCUCCUUUUGUCACUUUAUCGCUCUCUCCGGUUCUCCUUGUUUGUCUGGAAAAGUGCGGGCGGGUCAGCAAUCAAAACCUGCAGCUCACACGAGACCCGACCGCUUGUUACUUUGUGUGGCUGUUGUAAAUAUUCACCGCCACUUGCACGGUGCCGAUUACUGAAGGUGAGAAAAAUCAAAGUUAGAAAAAAAAACAAAAAAAACAAUUAUUCUGGCCAUUUAUGUUUUUGUGUUUAUACUCUCGUUUUGCCGUUCCAGUACAGUAUGCAAGCGAUCAAUUUUUACAAAUAAUUUAAGUUUGUAUCUGUAUCUUUCUGUAGAGAUGUUCAAUUAAAGUGACUUUAUUGCUGGCGAUGUGAAGGCUCCUCUCUUCUUCUUGAGCUCAUACGUGUCCAGCUCGUACCAUUUCAGGUCUUAACCUGUAUCCGCUGCCUCCAUCUCUGUCCUCUAAUACUGGUGAGAACCACAGGGAAAAGGUUGGACCCAUUUGUUUCAACAGAAAUAAAACCAUUAUGAGUUUCCAUGAAACUGUGGCCUAAUGUUCUGAGCCCUCUAGGUGGCACUCUCAUCUUUGAACGACCGUGCCAAUGAUUUUUAAACUAAGAGCGCCACC